AAUGUAGUUAUUAAUCGGUAUGUAAAAGGUCUUCCACCUUGUUUGUUAAUCGAUUAUAUGCAGUCCAAAAGAUCUGAUUUUUUUCUCAUUAAAUUUUAUUGGUUCACAAACAAACUGACUAUACAAAGCGAAAAAAAAAAUAGUUGAACUGUAGAUAUAUAUAUGUAUUGAUAUCAUUCAUUCAACACCUUAUAAGAAUUGAAUUAUAGAAGAUCAUGUUAUCAAGGUUGGCAUUAAAGAGGACUAGUGCCCUUUCCAGAAACAUACACAGAAGUUUAACAACUAAAACCACCAUCACAGACCAUACCAACGGUAGAGUUAUUACCUUAACCGAUCCACAACAACCUGAAAUAGGUGAUUAUCCUAAUCCUAAACCAGAAUUUGCUCAAAAUAGAGAUCCAUAUAUCAAAUAUGACGAUCAACAGAAUAGAAGAAACAAAGGUGAACCAUUGAAUAUCGAUGAUGAUUUAUAUGAUAUGUGGUCCCCUGAUGUCUAUGAUUUCGUAUCUGAUAAAACUGCAUUAAAACAUAAUUUCAUUUUCUUUUCCCUUAUUUUUGGUUUAGGAACUGCUGUUUGGUAUUUUGAAUUAAAUCCUCCAAAACCAGCCAUGCCAAGAUCAUUCCCAUCCAAUGGUUUAGCUGCAAGUUUAGGUUCUGGUGGUGAAGAAGAUGAUUUCUUUUAUCGUGUCAAUGCUGAUAAAACUGCAGAAGAAGAAUUAGGGUUCUUACCAAAUGAUAAUGAUACUGCUGCUAAUAAGAAGACUUACGUAGAAGAAAAUUCUGAUUUUAUCAAAGCAUAAACAUAUUUUAUUUCAUCAUUUAAAAGUAUUAUAACAAUAAAUAAAGUGAAUUGAUUAUGAGGGAAUUUCUUUCAUGAUUAAAGAACCAAAACUCAAUUCAAUAUUUAUAUUCAUUUUAUCUUCAUUCUUUAUUUAUAUAAACCUUAAGUACAUUACUAAUUAUACAUAUAUUUUAACGUUAAU